GGCUUCCCUGGGCGAGUCGUUCGAGGUGGAGAGUGCCUUCGUGCACACCAUGGAGCGCUUCUUUGGUGCUCCGGAGGAUACAGUCACCAUCGCGACUGGCGUUGGUGAUGACGCUGCGCGACCUCAUCAUAUUCAAGGAGACUCUUAAAUCCCAGAUGGAGCACGUGCUGCAUGGCAGAAUCACCAACUUUCUGGAAAACGAUCUCAACAACCUCAAG